CGGCACCCAGCGCCAGCAGCCAGCAACCGUCUCCUUCCUCCCCUCUCCCCUGUUUCGAAGCUUCGAGAGCACCGCAGCGCUCCCGUCCACCUCUCCCCCCCGCAUUCUACUAGGGUUUUUCUAGGGUUCUGGAGGAGCCCUCGGCUCGCAGCGGGGCGCGUCGGCGAUGUCUCUCCGGCCGAGCGAGCGGACGGAGGUCCGCCAGAAGAGCUACAAGGCCUCGGUGGACGGGGACGUGGGGCGGCUGCGGCGGCAGGUCAUCACGGUGGAAAUCCGCAAGGAAAACCGCGAUCGCGCCCUCAACGAGAAGAGGCGGCGCGCGGCAGCCGCCUCCGACGGGUCGCCGCAGGCGGCGAGCUCGCCGGCCGUCGAGAAGAAGUUGGAGAGCCUGCCGAUUCUGAUGGAAGCGUUGUCCUCGGAUGAUAGCAGCAUGCAGUUGGAAGCGACCAUGCAGAUCAGGAAGAUGCUGUCCGGCAAUAGCAGUCCUCCAAUUGAUGAGGUGAUUAGAAUUGGAGUGGUUCCUCGCUUUGUGGAGUUUCUCACCAGGGAGGAGUACCCCCAUCUCCAGUUUGAGGCUGCAUGGGUUCUCACCAACAUUACUUCAGGAACAGCAGCCAACACAAUGGCAGUUGUUGAACAUGGUGCUCUGCCCAUCUUGGUGAAACUCCUCAGCUCACCAAAUGAGGAUAUUCGUGAACAGGCUGUCUGGGCCCUGGGAAAUGUGGCUGGGGACUCGACAAAUUGCCGUGAUCUGGUUCUUAUGCAUGGUGCAAUGUUACCACUACUGCAGCAGCUCAAUGAGCAUUCUAAACUCUCGAUGCUGAGGAAUUGUGCCUGGGCAAUUGCUAACUUCUGCGUUGGCCAGCCACCACCUGACUUCAAGCAUGUUGAAUCUGCGUUUCCAGUACUGCAGCAGCUCAUCCUCUCUCAAGAUGAGGAGAUCCUAACGAACUCAUGUUGGGCACUCUCUUACUUGACUAAUGGUGGUUCUUAUGACAGAACCCAAGCUAUGAUUGAUACUGGCGCGUGCCCCCGACUUGUUGAGCUUCUUAAUCAUCCUUCAGUUAUGGUGCUCAUUCCUACUGUACGCACGAUUGGUAAUAUUGCAGCUGGGGAUGAAAAGCAGACUCAGCAUAUUGUUGGUAAUCCCCAAGCACUUCCCGGUCUUCUCAAUCUUUUGACAACAACUCAAAACAAAAGCAUCAAGAGAGAAGCUUGCUGGACAAUCUCAAACAUCACGGCUGGAAGCAAAGAGCAGAUUCAGGCUGUGAUCAAUGCAAACAUGAUUGCUCCUCUAGUGCAUCUGUUGCAAAAUGCUGAUUUUGAUGUCAGAAAAGAGGCUGCUUGGGCAAUUUGUAAUGCCACAUCUCAUGGGACAGCCGAUCAGAUAGAGUAUCUUGCUAAUCAGGGGUGCAUCAAGACGCUUUGUGAUUUACUUGAUCACAAAGAUGCCCUAACAGUGUUAGUUUGUUUGGAGGGCCUUGAUAAGAUUUUGAGGGUCGGGGAGAUCAGGAAGAAGUUGGGAGCUUGUAAUAUCAACAGGUUUGUGCAGAUGGUUGAUGAAGCCGGUGGCGUGGACAAAAUUGAGAAUCUCCAGAACCAUGAGUAUGUUGAGAUAUAUCAGAUGGCAGUUAGGAUGCUUGGGUCAUACUGGGAGGACGAAGAUGACCAACCGCCCUAUCUUCUUCCUGAACCACCUCUUGGAUUAUUCUUUGAUUCCGUUGAAGAGCCCGGUUCGCAUGGUGGAAAUGCUCCAUAGCUGUUUGGUUCAGGGAUACUCGAAAUCGGGGAGUCAAGUUAUCCGAGUCAGCAGUCAGUGUUGUCCCCCCGAUAAGAGCACAGACAGGGUCAGGGUAAGGCAAUUGGCUGCAUUGCUUUUUGUGUGGCUCGGGUGCCUUGUGUACAUAGAUAUUGGUUGGUGCAUCUGGAUUACGGUUUGUGUCGACAUGAGGGGACGGAUACUGGAAAUUGGUCAGACAAGGGCAUACUCUUGUUGCUCGUGUUGUCGGGUUAGCUAUUACGUUUACCUUCCUUUCAGUGGCGUAAGCUUCGGUUUUUCUGUGGAGGUAAAGAAGAGAGAACGAACUUGGAUGCUGUAUAGCUAUAGCUUACAUUGUUGAUCAUGAGAACACAUGUAUGCCCGGUAGUAUAUUCGUCUACCGUUGUCUGAUCUACCACGUCUAGACUUGGGUA